AACCAUGGAUGGGGAAAGUGCAUGGUCGGAGACCAGCGGCCAAGCCAAGAUGUCCCCUCUCCUCAGUUUUUACCACUUGUUGCUGGAUGUCAUGCUUUGUGCUCUGAGGAGCAGCUUAGACCUUUGUCUGGUGCUUCUGCGUCACCAACACGAGAGGAGAAAAAGAUCCCGGGGGUGGAUCACCUCUUGCCACAAGGUUCUCCACAGCAAGGUGAGAAGAUGUCCCCGUCACACGGCCAGGUUUCCUCGGAAAGGCUCCGUCAGGUCGCACUGGUACGCCCUUGCCGAAGUGGGUAACCCCCGUCGUUGGUGGGUGUACCCCUGCCGCGAGGACUGGUGGGAGAAGUUUGUUGCAGAGGUCUGGGACGCUGAAAAAUGGAUCGAGAGUUUCCGCAUGACCCGAGGGACGCUGUUCAGCAUCGUGGAAGUCCUCAGGCCGCGGAUUGAGCGCCAGCGCACGGUCAUGAGGGCACCGAUAGCGACGGAAAAGAGGGUUGCCAUCACGGUGUGGUGGCUUGCCAACAGGGAGUGCUACCGCAUUGUGGGCCAGCAGUUUGGCGUUGCCCGGUCUACGGUGGCGGAGAUAGUCUUGGAGGUGUGCUUCGCUUUGGGACUAGACCUGCUUCGCAAGACCGUGUGCCUUGGGGAGGUGGAUAAGAUCAUGGAAGGCUUCCGACACCUGGGCUUCCCGCACUGCAUUGGGGCCCUUGGCGAGACCCUCAUCCCCAUCAGAGCACCAAUUCGACAUGCUGAAGAAUCCAAGCAGUUUUGCUCCAUACUCCUUCAGGGAAUAACGGACCAUACUGGUCGCUUCAUCGAUGUGGAGGUCGGAUGGAGCAACCAGAAUCACGAUGCCCACAUCUUCAGGAACUCUGCCAUCUGUGCAGCUAUGGAUGCUGGGGCUUUUGUGCCCGGGAAUCCAACAAUUGCCAUUGGGGGUGUGCAAGUUCCACCCUUGAUUGUAACCAGCAGGGGCUAUCCGAUGCGGCGCUGGCUUAUGAAGCCCUACAGGGAUCAUGAUGAUAGCCAUCGGUCCCUCUUCGAUGACCGGCUCAGCAAGGCCCAGAGUGUGGUCGAGUGUGCCUUCCGGCGACUCAGGGCCCGCUGGCAGUGCCUGACGGUGCUCCCUGUGGCCGAGGAGAAUGCCACAGCGGUGGUGACAGCCUGCGUGAUCCUGCACAACAUCUGCGAGGAGAGAGGGCACGCUGUCCAAGGAGACCUGUGUGAGCCGCAGGCUGUGCUUUCCCCAGCAAAUGAAGGAACAUAUAAAUGCAUUGAGGAUGACCGCUCUUCUGUGGCUGGGAACACUGUGCGGGAUGCCAUCUCUGCAUUUAUGCAGACACCUCAGACUAGGUCGUGA